ACCGUUUUGUGUGUGUUGGGACGGGAGAAAAUUAAAAACAAAACAAAAAAAUGUUAUUUUAAAUUCGUCCUCUAAUCUUUCUCUUUUCUCUCUCACCGCUCAGAGAUUUUCUUGGUCUCUUUUGACACCAAAAAUGGUGAAGGAAAUGAGGUGGGAUUCGAAGCUGUCGUCACUUCACAAACUCAAUCAUGUCUUUGUGAAGUUUGCUGUCUCAUUUCUCUUAUUGGGUCUCGCUUUUCGCCUUUUCUCCUCUGAUUCAUUCAGAAUUUCUUCAGUGGUAGAGACAGCCCCUCUUGCAGAGCAAAAUGCAGAGUCCCCUGUAGUUUCUCUUCCUAUUCAAGCGUCCGUUUCUUCUGUUGAUCCUGAAAAUGAGACCCAGACAUCUGACAACGUUGCAGCAAAAUGUGAUAUAUUUACGGGAGAUUGGAUAGCUGACCAAUCAGGUCCAGCAUACACAAAUGAGAGCUGCCACGUGAUUGAAGGUCAUCAAAAUUGUCUCAAGAACGGGCGGCCAGAUUUCGGUUACCUUUACUGGAGGUGGAAUCCGAGGGACUGUGAAUUACCCAGAUUCAAUGCUGAGAGAUUUCUACAUCUUAUGAGGAACAAGUCAUGGGCCUUUAUUGGUGAUUCCAUCUCUCGUAACCAUGUGCAGUCAUUGCUUUGCAUCCUCUCUCAGGUGGAACAAGCUGUUGAGGUCUACCACGAUGAGGAAUACCGAUCCAAACGAUGGCGCUUUCCUGCUCACAACUUCACCCUUUCAGUAAUUUGGACCCCAUUCCUCAUAAAAGCAGCUAUCUUUGAGGACAUGAAUGGAGUUUCGUUGUCGGAAGUCCAGGUUUAUCUUGAUGAACUUGAUGAACAAUGGACCGAUCAAUAUAAGGAUUUUGAUUACGCGGUAAUUGCUGGUGGAAAAUGGUUUCUCAAGACGGCAAUUUACCAUGAGAACAACACCGUCGCAGGCUGUCACUACUGCCCUGGAAAGAAUUUAACAGAGCUAGGAUUUGACUAUGCAUAUCGCAAGGCACUUCGUCUUGUUCUCAACUUUGUCACACGUAACAACCAUAAGGCGUUCGUUUUCUUGAGAACCACCACGCCGGACCACUUCGAGAACGGAGAAUGGUUCAGCGGGGGGUACUGCAAUAGAACAGUACCAUUCAAAGAGGGUGAGAUUGAUAUGAGAGAUAUAGACUCUACAAUGCGUAACAUUGAGUUGAAUGAAUUUGAGGAGGCUGCGGCCGUAGGAUCCAAAAACGGGGUGGUCUUGAAGCUAUUAGAUACAACCCGCCUUUCGGUAUUGAGGCCUGACGGGCACCCUGGACCAUACAGGCAAUUCCAACCUUUUGCAAAGGAUAAGAAUGGCGUAGUUCAGAAUGAUUGUCUACAUUGGUGCUUGCCUGGGCCAAUAGACUCUUGGAAUGAUUUGGUGAUGGAAUUGCUGGUGAAUGGUGAAGAAUACAGAUGAUCAAUUUUGUUGGCCUUGGGUUAUCUGGGUUGUCAAGAUCCUUGACUCGUUGAUUUUUGAAAAUUCAAGGGGAUUGUCUUCUUGCCGUCUGAAAAUAUCCUCUAGUUGUGUCUUCUACGGAAAUUUUUUCUCUGCAGGCUGAUUUGUAUCUGCAGCUGCAUCGACUGUUGCGGAGCGAAGUAUAAAAAGUAGGUUGUAAUCAUUUUAUUGUAUUACAGAAUUAAAUACUUUUACCAUAACUUAAAAAGUACAGUACAUAUCAUCGGAGUAAAUUGAUGUGAAUAUUUCUGGUUCGUUGAA